CUUUGCGCUUCUUGUCAGUUACUUGGUUUUCUUGCUUUAUGUGUACUGCAAAACUAUUAGCAAAUGAGAAGUUACAGUGAAUUAAUCAGUGGCUAGUAUAAUAACAGCACACAGAUAAAAAUCCUUGGAGCACAUUAGAAACAGACCUUGGGAAAUGCAGCUGAGACGUAAAAACGUGGUUUGGAAAAUUCUACGGGACCUGCUUUCAUCAAAUGAAAUGGUACGCACACUUUCACAUGAAGAUGCAUACUAUGUGAAAUUGAUUGCAAGAAAUCCAGAUGAAGAAUUUGAUGGAGUAAGUGGAGGAUGCUUGGAUAAGCUGGAGAUAGAUAGCCGAGUGUUGCUCCUAACCACUCAAGGCAAGAAGGAAGACCAAUUACGUGGCCAUGGUACUGAAGAACGUCCUGUUCCUGUCUGUGGUGUCUGAGCUGACUGGUGAUGGGUGAUGCUACGUGGGUCCCUUGUCAUCACGGCAUGAUGCGUCCUCAGGUUGUGGAUGGAUGAGACAUCGUCUAUAUAUGGAGUGUAGUUGCGAAAAUCUUGAGAUCAUGUUGCAUCAAGGUUACCAAUCUUGUCAUCCCGCAGAAGUCAGACAAGUGACCUGAGCCUUGUUAUGAUCAAGAUUGACCCACCUAAGGCAUCAGAUACAAGGUUUCUGAGAAAGUCGCAGAUCCUGAGUGACACUUCUUCGGAAGAGCAGCAUUCAUCAAAAUCUGCCUUGGAUGUGCUAAAGGAGAUCUCUCAUAGGCGUAUUCAUGUUCAGUUGGAUGAAAAUGAAGAUGAUGCAGUAAAGAGACCAUGGGGGGAAGAAGAACAAAUCACCUUGGACCAUGGUUCAGAUGUUCUACAAGUUCAGGGUCACAUCAAAGCUGUGUUGCUAAGUGAUACAGAAAAACUAUACCUCAAAGAACUUCUAACAUUCAUGUCAGAAGAGGAUCUUAAGAUGUUGGCACGGAGUAUAAUGGAAAAUAUGAUUGUACCAUGCACCAAACAAGAAGCAAUAGAUGCUAUUUUACUGCACUCUGCUACACCAUCAUCUCUCCUAGAGCAUGACGGAAUGACAAGGAAGAUUCUUUUCAGAUAUCUCCACAGCAAACGAAUCUUCACAGUCAAUGCAAACAAAGCAGCUAUGAUCACCAAGAUUCUCCAGAUGUGGAAUGGUACUCUUCAUCAUAAUCUGUCGACAUCAGUGCCUGUUAUGGACCGCCAUUCAACACAACCAGGAGAUGAUGUAGAAGGGUGUGAGGCUGAUGAGCUGGCUUUUCAGUUUGCACAGUGGUUUUAUUCAGCGCUGAACCAGAAUGACAGGCACUGUCUGCGCACACAGCUAUAUGAGCAUUUCUGGCAGAAGUGUAAAAUGCAGUUAGUUUUAGAUUCUGAAAUGGGUAUUACAGCUGAAGCAAAAAACGGCGCAGAUGAUGUUGUGAAACUGAUCUGUGAUACCAAAAUCCAGCACAACUUAUAUUUCAACCCAGAUUUUGAAAAAAAAAUGGGUUACUGGAAAGAUAGUUAAAUUUGGUGUGUUCACGGUUAAAGUAUAUGGCACACUGCAUCACCAAAACCAAUAUACUGGAGAAUUUGAACAGUGGUUUCUGCUCGUAAGGGAUCCCUCUGCUGGUAAUGAAUGGAAAAUAACAUGUACAGGCCUACACGUAAUGACUAAAUAAUACCCAGACUGAUAUAUACAUAUAUAUUGCUUUUAUACACAGUUAAUAACAAGAAUUUAUUUAUUUUUAACAGAGAUUCUGUAUUAAUUCAAGUUUAUAGUAAGUUAUUUUUC